AUGCCUCGCCAAACUAAAAAAGGCACGUCGGCAAAGGAUGUUCCUCUCCCUCAAACCAUCUUUUCCCAACCACUCUCAGCCUACAACAUCCCACUCAUAAAACGCAUACUCUCCAUAUUCUAUCAACAAAGCACUUUCAGACAGCGCGAACCACGGAUUAGCCUCCUACACAAGCUCGCGCGUGUCGAACUAACUCGAACAAACAAAGAGAGAGAUGCUGUAGCUCAACUUCUUCGCCUCGAUAUACCCAUCACUAGAGCUGCUGUGAAAGCAGGACCUCAUGAAGAAGACGUAGAUGGAGAGCUAUCGGGGGUAGAAGAGGGCACGGAUUGUGAAGUUUGUUUGCGAACUUUACCCCCAGAAAGCUUUCCCCAGCAGCAUAUCGUAAACAAAUGCGAACACAAGACACAUAUGUGUACGUCGUGUCUCGAACAAGCUGUUGUGGCGAGCGUAGAGAGCAACCCUUGGGACAAUAUACCUUGUCCAUACUCCAGUUGUGAAAGGAUGUUGGAAUCGAGUAUCAUGAGGAAGUAUCUCAAAGGGCAGCUACUUGAGAAUUAUAACAACUACAUAGAGAAGUUGGAGAUCCGCAACCUCCCGAACUUUCGAUGGUGUUUAAGUCCCAAAUGUGUUUCUGGUCAGGUCCACAACGAGGGACCGAGAUAUUUGAGAGUUAUCUGUCAUGCUUGUCAAUCCGAGAGCUGCUUCCUUCAUCAAAUUCCACGAGGUGAAGGAAAGAAGUGCACGGCCUGCGAUAAUGCUGUUUCUCAAGAUGAGGGGCGUGCAAAAGCACUUAGGAUUACGAAACCGUGUCCAAGAUGCGAAGUACUGACUAUCAUGGAUCCAAUAAGAUGUGGCAGGGCAGUAUGCCGCUGUAAAUACUACUGGAAAAAUUUUAGUGCAGGUUGGUGA